AGCCGCCCGACCGGAAGUGACGUUUAUGCUCGGCUGGCCGCGGAGUCCGCCGAAGCUUUCCGCGGCGGCUGAGGCAGCUGAGCGGAAAAUGGCUCGGAUAGUGGCUGCGGAGGCUCGGGUUGUGGUGGAAACGGAGGCUCAGGCAGCGUGAGGUCUUGCUUUUGGGAGCUACAAGAAAAAAACAGAUUAGAGGAAGGUUGGUCUGUUAAGUGGAUAUGGCUCAGAUAUCCAGCAGCAAUGGAUUUAAGCAAUGUUCAUCUUCACAUCUGGACCCAACAAGAACAAAAGAUGUGGACAAAGAAGAAGCGUUACAGAUGGAAGCAGAGGCUUUAGCAAAACUGCAGAAAGAUAGACAAGUAGCUGAUAAUCAUCGAGGCUUUGAGUUGUCAAGCAGCACCACACAAAGAGCACAAGAUUAUAACAAACAGGAUUAUGACCUCAUGGUGUUUCCUGAAUCAGAUACCCAAAAAAGAGCAGUUGAUAUUGAUGUAGAAAAGCUAACUCAAGCUGAACUGGAGAAACUAUUGCUAGAUGACAGUUUUGAGACAAAGAAAACACCUGCAAUGCCAGUUACUCCUGUUCUGAGCCCUUCGUUUUCAGCACAGCUGUAUCUUAGACCUACUAUUCAGAGAGGACAGUGGCCAACUGGUUUAUCUGGGCCUUCCACUUAUACUUUACCUUCUAUUUAUCAGUCAACAUAUAGUAGUAAACAGACUGCAUUCCAAAAUGGCUUUAAUCCAAGAAUGCCUACUUUUCCAACCACAGAACCUAUAUAUUUAAGUCUUCCAGGACAGUCUCCAUAUUUUUCAUAUCCUUUGACAUCGGCCACACAGUUUCAUCCACAAGGAAGCUUACCUAUCUGUCGUCCAGUAGUCAGUCCUGACAUGGCAAAGCUGUUCGACAAAAUAGCUAGUACAUCGGCAUUUUUAAAAAAUGGAAAAGCAAGGACUGAUUUGGAGAUAACAAAUUCAAAAGCUACAAUAAGCAAUCUACAGGUAUCUCCAAAGUCUGAAGAUAUCAGUAAAUUUGACUGGUUAGACUUGGAUCCUCUAAGUAAGCCUAAGGUGGACAGUGUGGAGGUAUUAGACUAUGAAGAAGAGAAAAAUGUCCCAGGUUUGCUAGCAGAGGAUCCUUGGGAUGCUGUUCUUCUUGAAGAGAGAUCACUAGCAAGUUGUCACCUUGAAAGAAAGGUGAAUGGAAAAUCUCUUUCUGGGGCAAUGGUAACAAGAAGCCAAUCUUUAAAUAUUCGAACAACUCAGGGCCAAAUAUCUCAGAAAGACCCAAAUGGGACCAGUAGUUUGCCAACUGGAAGUUCUCUUCUACAAGAAAUUGAAGUGCAGAACGAGGAAGUAGCAGCUUUUUGUCAAUCCAUUACAAAAUUAAAGACCAACUUUCCAUAUACCAAUCACUGCACAAAUCCAGGCUAUUUGUUAAGUCCAGUCACAGUGCAAAGAAAUUUAUGUGGAGAAAAUGCUAGUGUGAAGGUCUCCAUUGAAAUUGAAGGAUUUCAACUACCAGUUACUUUUACAUGUGAUGUGAGUUCUACUGUAGAAAUUAUUAUAAUGCAAGCCCUUUGCUGGGUGCAUGAUGACUUGAAUGAAGUAGAUGUUGGCAGCUAUGUUCUGAAAGUUUGUGGUCAAGAAGAAGUACUGCAGAAUAAUCAUUGCCUUGGAAGUCAUGAACAUAUUCAAAACUGUCGAAAAUGGGACACAGAGAUUAAACUGCAACUUUUGACCUUAAGCGCAAUGUGCAAAAAUUUGGCCCGAACAGCAGAAGAUGAUGAAACACCUGUGGAUUUAAACAAACACCUGCAUCAAAUAGAAAAACCUUAUAAAGAAGUCAUGACAAGGCACCCUAUUGAAGAACUCUUAGAUUCUUAUCACAGCCAAGUGGAGCUGGCUCUUCGAAUUGAAAACCAGCACCGAGCAGUAGAUCAAGUGAUUAGAGCUGUAAGAAAAAUCUGUAGUGCUUUAGAUGGUGUAGAGACUCCGGCCAUUACAGAAUCAGUAAAGAAGCUAAAGAGAGCAGUUAAUCUUCCAAGGAGUAAAAGUGCUGAUGUGACUUCUGGAAAGGGAGACCCUAAUAAGAGUUCAACUAGGGGCUCACUGAAUCCUGAAAAUCCAGUUCAAGUAAGCAUGGGUCAGUUAACUGCAGCAAUUUAUGAUCUUGUGAAACUCCAUGGAAAUUCUGGUAGGAGUUCUUUGGAUUGGGCUCAGAGUAACAGGAACACCAAGGAAGCAUGGACUGCAACAGAACAGCUCCAGUUUACUAUUUUUGCCGCACAUGGAAUUUCAAGUAACUGGGUAUCAAAUUAUGAAAAAUACUAUUUGGUAUGUUCCCUGUCUCACAAUGGAAAAGACCUUUUUAAACCUAUUCAAUCAAAGAAGGUUGGCACUUAUAAGAAUUUCUUCUAUCUUAUUAAAUGGGAUGAACUAAUUAUUUUUCCCAUCCAGAUAUCACAAUUGCCAUUAGAAUCACUUCUUCACCUUACUCUUUUUGGAAUUUUAAAUCAGAGCAGUGGAAGUUCCCCUGAUUCUAAUAAGCAGAGAAAGGGGCCAGAAGCUUUGGGCAAAGUUUCUUUACCUCUCUUUGAUUUUAAACGGUUUUUAACAUGUGGAACUAAGCUUCUAUAUCUUUGGACUUCGUCACAUAUAAGUCCUAUGCCUGGAACAAUACCCAAAAAAGGAUAUGUGAUGGAAAGAAUAGUGUUACAGGUUGAUUUUCCUUCUCCAGCAUAUGAUAUCCUUUAUACCAGUCCUCAAGUUGACCGAAGUAUUAUACAACAACACAACUUAGAAACAUUAGGAAAUGAUAUAAAAGGGAAACUUCUUGAUAUUCUUCACAAAGACUCAUCAUUUGGACUUUCUAAAGAAGACAAAGCUUUUUUGUGGGAGAAACGUUAUUAUUGCCUCAAACAUCCAAAUUGUCUUCCUAAAAUACUAGCAAGUGCCCCAAACUGGAAGUGGGUUAAUCUUGCCAAAAUUUACUCAUUGCUUCACCAGUGGCCUCCAUUAGACGCACUGACUGCAUUGGAACUUCUUGAUUUGAAAUUUGCUGAUCAGGAAGUGAGGUCCCAAGCUGUGACCUGGAUAGAGGCUAUUAGUGAUGAUGAGCUGACAGAUCUUCUUCCACAGUUUGUACAGGCUUUGAAAUAUGAAAUUUAUUUGAACAGUUCAUUAGUACGCUUCCUUCUGUCAAGGGCGUUGGGAAAUAUACAAAUAGCACACAGUUUAUAUUGGCUCCUCAAGGAUGCCCUGCAUGAUGCACAGUUUGGUGCCCGGUAUGAACAUGUUUUGGGUGCUCUCCUCUCAGUAGGAGGAAAAGGACUCAGAGAAGAACUCUUGAAGCAGACAAAACUUGUACAGCUUUUAGGAGGAGUAGCAGAAAAAGUAAAGCAGGCUAGUGGAUCAACCAGACAGGUUGUGCUCCAAAGGAGUAUGGAACGAGUACAGUCCUUUUUUCUAAGAAAUAAAUGUCGUCUCCCUCUCAACCCAAGUCUUGUGGCAAAAGAAUUAAAUAUCAAGUCGUGUUCUUUCUUCAGUUCUAAUGCUGUGCCCUUAAAGGUCACAAUGGUGAAUAAUGAUCCAAUGGGGGAAGAAAUUAAUGUCAUGUUUAAGGUUGGUGAAGAUCUUCGGCAGGAUAUGUUAGCUUUACAGAUGAUAAAAAUUAUGGACAAAAUCUGGCUUAAAGAAGGACUAGAUCUGAGGAUGGUGAUUUUCAAAUGUCUCUCAACAGGCAGAGAUCGAGGCAUGGUGGAGCUGGUUCCUGCUUCAGAUACCCUCAGGAAAAUCCAAGUGGAAUAUGGUGUGACUGGAUCCUUUAAAGAUAAACCACUUGCCGAGUGGCUGAGGAAAUACAAUCCCUCUGAAGAGGAAUAUGAAAAGGCUUCUGAGAAUUUUAUCUAUUCUUGUGCUGGAUGCUGUGUAGCCACCUAUGUUUUAGGCAUCUGUGACCGACACAAUGACAAUAUAAUGCUUCGAAGCACAGGACACAUGUUUCACAUUGACUUUGGGAAGUUUCUGGGCCAUGCACAGAUGUUUGGUAGCUUCAAAAGGGAUCGGGCUCCUUUUGUCCUGACCUCUGAUAUGGCAUAUGUCAUUAAUGGGGGUGAAAAGCCCACCAUUCGUUUCCAGUUAUUUGUGGACCUCUGCUGUCAGGCCUACAAUUUGAUAAGAAAGCAGACAAACCUCUUUCUUAACCUCCUGUCACUGAUGAUUCCCUCAGGGUUACCAGAACUUACAAGUAUUCAAGAUUUGAAAUAUGUUAGAGAUGCACUUCAGCCCCAAACUACAGAUGCAGAAGCAACAAUUUUCUUUACUAGGCUGAUUGAAUCCAGCUUGGGGAGCAUUGCCACAAAAUUUAACUUCUUCAUUCACAACCUUGCUCAGCUGCGUUUUUCUGGUCUUCCUUCCAAUGAUGAACCUAUCCUUUCAUUUUCACCCAAAACAUACUCUUUUAGACAAGAUGGUCGAAUCAAGGAAGUCUCUGUUUUCACUUACCAUAAGAAAUACAACCCAGAUAAACAUUACAUUUAUGUAGUCCGAAUUUUGAGGGAAGGACAGCUUGAACCAUCAUUUGUGUUCCGGACAUUUGAUGAAUUUCAGGAACUGCACAACAAGCUCAGUAUUAUUUUUCCACUUUGGAAGUUACCAGGCUUUCCCAAUAGAAUGGUUCUAGGAAGAACACACAUAAAAGAUGUAGCAGCCAAAAGAAAAAUUGAAUUAAACAGUUAUUUGCAGAGUUUGAUGAGUGCUUCAACGGAUGUAGCAGAGUGUGAUCUUGUUUGUACAUUUUUUCACCCUCUACUUCGUGAUGAGAAAGCUGAAGGAAUCGCUAAGUCUGCAGGUGCGGGACCCUUCAGUCCUACUCCAGGCCAAAUAGGAGGAUCAGUGAAAUUAUCUGUCUCUUACCGAAAUAGUACUCUUUUCAUCAUGGUGAUGCACAUCAAAGAUCUUGUUACUGAAGAUGGGGCUGACCCAAAUCCAUAUGUCAAAACAUACCUACUUCCAGAUCCCCACAAAACAUCUAAACGCAAAACCAAAAUUUCACGUAAAACUAGGAACCCGACAUUCAAUGAAAUGCUUGUGUACAGUGGAUACAGCAAAGAAAUCCUAAGACAGAGAGAACUUCAACUAAGUGUACUCAGUGCAGAAUCUCUGCGGGAGAAUUUUUUCUUGGGUGGAAUAACCCUGCCUUUGAAAGAUUUCAACUUGAGCAAAGAGACGGUUAAGUGGUAUCAGCUGACUGCAGCAACCUAUUUCUAAGCUAAUGAAUUUCUGAGCUUUGGAAGUAGAAUAGUUAUAAACACACACACACUUGAGAACUUUGUAUAGUAUUUUUAUACUUGGAUAGAAAAUAUAAAGUAAAUGUACUUGUUGCAUUUCAAUACACAUGUUGGACCAACAGUCACAUAACUAACUUUUAUGAGUUUGUUGAAGCCAUUGCUGUUUUAAAGUUAUUAUGUAGAAUGCUGUAAACCCUAAACUUAAUAUAUAAUAAGUCUUCAAAAGACUUGAACAAUUUAAUCCUCUCUUAAGUAAUUCAGAUUAAUAGCUUUAGUUUGGUCUUUUUUUCAUUGUUUCUUACAUAGACACAGCAUGUUUGUUUUCCUGUUUUGCACCUUCUAUAGCCUUUACCACUGUGCAUGUUUGCAAACACCAAAGGAAAGGAAAGGUGCAGAUGUUACAGACAAAUGCAGCUGCUAUUCACAGGGCCGAAAAGCAAAGCACAAAUUAUAGAUAAUUAUGUUAAAAACUACUAAGUAGUUUAUAAACAUAGGGGGAAAUAACAUUGCUUUCUAUUUUUCAUGUCAUUAAAGCCUUUUUCAGAAUGAAGUUGUAAAUAAUGGUGCCUUAACUUCAUGUCUGCCUGACACUUCAUUCUGACUUUUUCUGACUUGAUAACUAAUAAGUAGUUUUCACUCACUUUCAGCUUACUCGAGACAAAAAGUUAUUUACACUUACUAGUGUUUUUCCCACAGAAAGAUCAUUUUCUCUACUUCUGAUAUGUGACUUAGUUAAAGUCAGCCAUUUAAUUUAUGCUUGUGUUAUCCAGUAAUUGAAUGAGAUCCAUCAAUGUAGCUGUACACUAAAUUCCAUCAUUCCAUUAUUCUAAUAGUCCUACAUUUAUUCCCAGGAGUGUGAGUUUGGUAGUUUCACUUCUAUGUAUCUAUACUCCACUCCUUCAUUAAAUAAGUGAAAAUUGUUUACCCAUGUACCCAUUCCUAUUUGGUAGAAGAACUCCAAUGAAUAGGGCAGACUCUUCCCAGUGGGCCCAGGACAAGAAUUCUAGGGUCCAUACUGAAUUAAAAUGUAGACAUUUAUGGCAGAGUUGAUUUUGUAAGUGUCUUACUUACAUUUGUAAACAUUGUACAUUAAAAAAUUAUUUUCCUUAAUAUAAUGUGACUUAGAAUCAUAAGGGACAUGAUUGAAAUCAUUUAUAGUAACCAUUAAGAAUAAGAUUCAUUUUUAUUAGUUAUUCAACUUCACAAACAGUUUUGUGUUUAGUUUGGAUAAAUAUGUAUAUAUAAUAUUCUCAUGGCUAAAAUAGAAAGUCACUUUUUAAAUGAUAAUAGAUUGUAACAAUCUCGGUGCUGUGAGAUAACUGACAAAAUAUGCAUUGUAGAAAACCAACACAGAAAGGACAGUCUGCAAGUUAGUUGUCCAGAACAGAAUUUUUAUAAACUGUGCAAAUAUUUAAUAUACAAUACAUGGUGAUACCUGCAGAGCAGAAAUAGAUGAGUCGAUGAUACAUCAGUGGGACAGGC